AUGGUGAGUGACAGGUUGCCACCAAAGAUUAGAGCAGUGGUCACCAACAUGGGAACAGGCACCUGUAGGGUGGGUUUUGUGGGGCAGGCCCAGCCCACCUAGACGGUCACCACUAUGGGUUGCCAGUCCCAGAAGCUGACCCCCACAGGGCAGCUGGUACUAGAGAUGUUCAUCAGCGAGGCCACCCACAUGAGCCCGGAGCUGACACUGGUGCAGCACAUGUGGAAUGGCAUCACCGGCUGGAACCUAGCAGAGCUCAUCUACCACAUGCUGGAGUGCGACCUUCGCAUGCUCACCCAGGACCAGCCGCUGCUCUUCCCCGACCCGCCCUUCAGCCCCACCACCAAUGGUGAGAAGAUGGUGGAGGUGGCCUUCGAGUCACUCUACUCCGCCACCAUGUACGUGGCUUCCCAUUCAGUGCUGUCCAUCUAACAAGGGCACGUCAGCGGGCUGGUGGUGGACAUGGGCCACGGGGUCACCUACAUGGUACCCGUCUUCCAGGACUUCAACCUGCCCCACGCCGCAGAGCGCCUGGACCUGGUGGGCACCCACCUGACCGCCUUCCUGGUGGAGAUGCUGCUGGGCUCUGGCUUGCCGCUGGGGCAGCAGGACCUGGACACGGUGGAGAACAUUAAGCGUCGCUACUGCUACAUGGCUGCCGACUUGCUCAAGGAGCAGGCCCGGCCGGAGCAGGAACACCAGCAGACCCUGAAGCUGCCCGAUGGGUGGACAGUCACGCUGGGCAAGGAGCUGUUCCAGUGCCCGGAGCUGCUGUCCAGCCCCGCUGUGAUCCCAGGGCUGUUGCCCAUGAGUGUCCCCACCGUGGCCACACAGAAUCUUCCCAAGGUGGCUCUGGAGGUAGGGGACAUGCACAAGAAAGUGCUGCUCUGCAGGGAGUCCUCGCUUUUCGCAGGGUUCGAGGGUCGCUUCCAUGCCAAGCUGUUGCACAGUCUGCCCCGUGAGGCCCACGUGGUGGUGAAGGCCCAGCCCAGCAGGAACUUCUCGGUGUGGAUUGGGGGCUCCAUGCUGGCCUCGUUGCGUGCCUUCCAGUCCUGCUGGGUCCUGCGGGAGGAGUACGAGGAGCAGGGGCCCCACAUCGUGUACCGCAAAUGCUACUGAUGCCGAGCAGCAGUUGGGGGAGUGUUGUGGGCAGUAAAGCUUCCGGUACCCAGUGGGCUCUGUCCUGCCUUCCCUCAGCGCUGGAGUGGUCCACUCCUGGACCCACCCAGACUCACCUUAUUCUGACCCCACAGACCCACCCCAAGGAGAUCUGCCUCCCAGGGCAUCCCUGGUUCUGCCCUAACUCACCUCCUGUGAUCCGUCCCCAGAGACACCCCAGUUCUUCUGACUCCCUAAACCCUCGUCCAUCAUCAACGCCCAACACAUCACCACGUCCUCACCCUGUCAAACCAUCUCCCAUGAUGUGUGUUCCCCAGGGCACUCUCAGGGUGGGGACUCAACCAUGCCCACCCCCAAGACGUCCCCAGAUUCUGACCUCUCAGCCCCACCUCCAUGAUCUAUUGCUCUUGAUAUAGGCCCCCAAGAUUCCCCUGGGUUCUCAGACCCCCCAGUUCAUCCUCUUGCUAUAUCCCUCAAGGACCCUCAACCAACCCCACAACCCUCUCCUCUCCAAAGAAACUGCACCGGGCACUCCAUCCCCACCCCAGAAUCUUUCCAUGAGUGUUCCGACCCCUAGGUGCACCCUCAUAAUCUGCCCCAAUUUCUAAUCCCUGCAAAGAUACCCCCAAGAUCCAAUUGCCAAGACAUCCCUGGUUCUGAGCCCCCCAAAUCCACCACCUCACUGGUUUUCCCAUCUGUUUAUCCAAAGUUCUCCUGCACCCUGAUGUGCUGAGCACCGCAGAAUCCUCCCCACAAGCUCCGAGCCCCC